AUGGCCAGCGAUCCAUCAUUUCCAGUUGGAUCAACUUUCUUCUUUGGAGGUACAGGUGGUGGUGGAUCACGUGGUGAUGAAUCAGCUGCUCCGCUCUCUAUUCCUCAGCCUGUACAAGGAGGCCCUGUAAUUGAAGAAGAGUGUGAUAGCAGUCCUGAGGAAGGAAAAAAGAAUCCUGGGCGCAAGUAUUGGAGUGAAGAGAAGAACAUAUGUCUAGUAAGUGCAUGGUUGAACAAUUCUAAUGAUCCAGUUAAAGGCAAUGACAAGAAAUUUGAUCAUUAUUGGAAGGAAGUCACUAGAGAAUAUAACAAGUAUUCUCCUAAGGACCGUAGAAGGAUAGUGCCGCAAUGCAAAAGCCAUUGGAAUAAGAAUGCACCCAAGGUUACAAAGUUCAAUUCAUGUUGGCAUAGAAUGAAAAGCGCACAUGGCAGUGGUGAAUCAGAUGAGCAAAUACUGGAGAGAGCCCAUGCAGUUUACAAAAGUGAAAACAAACAAAAGCCAUUCCUAUUUGAGUACUGGUGGAGAGUUAUUAAGGAUCAGCCUAAGUGGGCUAGAGUAUAUCCAUUAGAGAAUAAGAGGCUGAAGUUAAAUGCAUCUAGAGCUUACAUUUCUUCUUCCAAUCAAGAUAUUGAUGAAGCAAGUGCUCCAGCAAAUCCCUGGCCUCCUGGAAGGAACAUAUCAAGAGCAAAGCCUAAAGGAAACAGCAAAUUACGUUCACAAUGCUUAGCUGACAGACUGUCAAAUGAAACGGUGUAG